AAAAAAAGAAAAUGGCAUCGCCACAUAAAGAAAUCCCCCCAUCGCCGCGGACCAUCGCCCGACUGCGCGGACUCUUCGUCGACGGCUCCUGGCGCUGUAACUGUCCCGGUCGGCCCUUAGCGAUAAAGCUGCAGGCGAAGAAGGGUGGUGUAAACCAAGGGAAAUGGUUCUACACAUGCCAGCAACAACCGCAGUCGAGGAAGUGCGAUUUCUUCCUCUGGGCGACCGAUGCCGAAGUGCGGGAGAGGACGCUUGUUCAUGCGGAUUUGAAUGAUGAGACAGAUGUUUUUUCGCGUCAGGGUGGGCAGUCUGGUACCUCUGUUGGCACCAGGACGAGUACCGCUGUUGUGACUCCAUCCAGGAACGUCCACCGCGGCCUUCUCACCCCUCGCACUGAAGGGAGAAGUUCCAUCUUCAAGGGGCUGCAGUCAGGUUUCAUAUCCCAAGGACCAUCGCGAUGGCAGAACACGUCUGUAGUCGAAGAUCCUGGUUUACUAGCCUUGCAGGCCGCAUCGGGAGAAGAGGAAGAGGACGAAGAACAGGACGAGGUCGAAAAGUAUCUCAAUGAGCGGUCUCGACGAACGCCGCGAAAUCCGCAACACCCACGGAGCGAGCCGCGGGGGAAAUGGAAGUACAGACAGCAACACCUGAGUUUUACGACGGACAGCACCGGCAACACUCCUUCAUUGAUGCUUACGCCGACGCCGCGCAAGACGGCCAGGACGGGUGUUAUUACGUCCCCUGGGAAGCGGGAAUUAAGGGACAGAGACAUUGAUACAGAGAUUGAAGAAAGUGGAAAGAGGCUCUUAACACGGAAUAAUGCACCGGCAGCGGCAAACAGCUUCAAUUCUUCAGAUACGAUUUCAACCCCGCAUCCCAGUAAAUACAAACCAGCCUCCCCUCCUCCAUCCUCCUUCGAAAUCUCAACGACCCCAACUCCCGCCAGAUACAGGAAUACCACUACCGCCAUCCUCCCUUCUUCUUCCCAAGAGCCGCUGAUACUAGGAGUUCCGACGACAACAGAAACCCAGUCAGACCUUGCACUUGAAGCCCUAACCGUUCUGGACGCGCACGUUGUCACGCUCCCUGAGAGAGCGCGGAAUGAGCUCGUCGCGCUCCUGAACAGACAUGAUAUGCGGACAAAGGGGAUAAUGAGGGGGAGGGAUAUCACGCGGGCUGCGCUGAAGAGGAAGGAGGAGCGGAUCCGGGAGUUGGAGAGGAGAGUUGGCGAAUUUGGGGACAGGGAGAAAAGUAGUCGAUCGAAGUAG